CUGGCAAGACUUUAAAUAACACUAGAAUACAUGUUUACUAAAUGUAUAUUAGAUAUAUACCACUCUGCCCUGUUCAAUCGCGCGCACGCACGCGCGCCCUAAAAUGCCAUGGCAACCGAACGAUGACCCGACCGAGGGUAUUUAAGGUCAGCGCACUUUCCGAACGUUCCCUUUGCACUUUGACUUGAACACGAAUUUUAAACCUCUUGUGAAAUCAAACUGCUGAGAACCAAAUCUGUGAGUUUUUGACUGCUGGUCGAGAUCUACUGGAUACAAAUAUUGUUGGAGAAGUGAACUGCUAGAAAACAUCUUUAGUGGAGCACAGAAGAGGCUGAAAAAGGCCCUCCGGCCGCGGAGCAUCGAGGACGCCCACCGGCUGAAGGAAGUUUGCUGCGAUUGGACCCUUCGGUGUGCAACUGGUGAACUACAUCAUGGAGCGUCCUGCACAGCUUCCCAGCGUCCCUGAGGUCAUCGGGAUCCUCGACAUCGAUGGAGGUGGUCUCCCCAUCAGCAACUCCUCUCCUGAGGGAGAGGAAGGUAAGGUUGAGAUUGCUGUUGUGUGUGAUGGUCAGGUAGAGCUUGGUGUUGUGGGUGAGGCAGAAGGUAAGCUGCUUCCCUUGCUCUUUUCUGGCGUGGAGGAGGAAGAGGAUGAAGAGGAGGACGUGGGAUCCGACUGUGAGAGCGAAGAUUCUGGGUUCCAGAGUGAAGAGGACGAGGAGGACGGUGAAGAUGACCCUCCUACUCGGCGGCGGACACCUCUCAGCUGCUGGAUGGACUUUGAAGAAGCGCUGCCCCCUCUUCCCUGUCCCGCUGGCCGUCCUCUCUCCAUCCUGGAAGAAGAGGCUCUGCUCCCAGUCCCCCAGAAGUUCCAAGAGGACUGUGUGGAGGUAAGUGUGAAGAGGACCGGUGGGGACGACCACGAAGACCCCCCCCCCUCCACUUCAGGCCUUGGACCCUCCACCAAGAGGACCAGAGAAGAGGACUACAUGGAGGUAAGUGUGAAGAGGCAGAGGACCGGUGGGGACGACCACGAAGACCUCCCCCCCUCCACUUCCGGCCUUGGACCCUCCACCCUGUGGACCAGAGAAGAGGACUGUGUGGAGGUAAGUGUGAAGAGGACCGGUGGGGACGACCACGAAGACCCCCCCCCCUCCACUUCAGGCCUUGGACCCUCCACCAAGAGGACCAGAGAAGAGGACUACAUGGAGGUAAGUGUGAAGAGGCAGAGGACCGGUGGGGACGACCACGAAGACCUCCCCCCCUCCACUUCCGGCCUUGGACCCUCCACCCUGUGGACCAGAGAAGAGGACUGUGUGGAGGUAAGUGUGAAGAGGACCGGUGGGGACGACCACGAAGACCUCCCCCCCUCCACUUCAGGCCUUGGACCCUCCACCAAGAGGACCAGAGAAGAGGACUACAUGGAGGUAAGUGUGAAGAGGCAGAGGACCGGUGGGGACGACCACGAAGACCUCCCCCCCUCCACUUCCAGCCUUGGACCCUCCACCCUGUGGACCAGAGAAGAGGACUGUGUGGAGGUAAGUGUGAAGAGGACCGGUGGGGACGACCACGAAGACUCCCCCCUCCACUUCAGGCCUCGGACCCUCCUCCUGGUCUCCCUCCUCCACCAAGGAUUCUGGCGCUACACUGAAGACAGCGACUCGGACUGAGAGUUGUGGAUUGGUAGCUCCGGUUGGAUGCACGAUGUGAAACCUUUGUGUCUGGUCAGGUCUGACAAAGCCCCAGACAGUCUUCCUCGUGUUUAACGAGGUCGGCUAUAGGUAGCAUCGUGCUGCUGAGCUUUUUCAUAUCUCUUCUUUUUUUAUUUGGAGUAAUAGUUGAUGCUAUAUGCAGAGACCGGUUUACAAUGUAUGCUUGUUAUUUAGUUUUCUGUCCAGAUUUCUUUACCAGUUAGGUGUAGGUGGUUGUACCAGACCGAGCUGUGGUAGAAAUUACUGACGUUAAAAAAAGGUCUCCAAGUCUCAUUUACUCAGGUAUCGAUGGCUGAAACAGAUCUUCAGGAUUCCACCCACUGCACCAACCAGAUGAGAAGGAUGGACGACUACAGGCCCAGAUGAGAAGGAUGGACCACUACAGGACCAGAUGAGAAGGAUGGACCACUACAGGACCAGAUGAGAAGGAUGGACCACUACAGGACCAGAUGAGAAGGAUGGACCACUACAGGACCAGAUGAGAAGGACGGACGACUACAGGACCAGAUGAGAAGGAUGGACCACUACAGGACCAGAUGAGAAGGAUGGACCACUACAGGACCAGAUGAGAAGGAUGGACCACUACAGGACCAGAUGAGAAGGAUGGACGACUACAGGACCAGAUGAGAAGGAUGGACGACUACAGGACCAGAUGAGAAGGAUGGACGACUACAGGACCAGAUGAGAAGGAUGGACGACUACAGGACCAGAUGAGAAGGAUGGACCACUACAGGACCAGAUGAGAAGGAUGGACGACUAAAGAGCGGCUGGCGCCUUUCUUUCAUUGGGCCAACUGUUCCAACACCCCCCCCCCCCCCAGCUGUUCCAACACCACCCGCCCUGAGGGGCACAGAGGGCGUUGUUUGUCUUCAUCGGCAUCUUCUGUGCUCGUGGGUUUGGAAGCUCCUCACACACAUACAGGGAGCUCGUUGCAUCUUCUCAGAAAUCAAAAAGGAGAUGGAUGGUUCAGGC